GUAAUUUUUUUUUACAAAUUUAGUUUUUUUCUAAAAUAAAAAUAAUUGGUAAGAUGAUAGCGGUUACCUACAGUGCGUUCCAGAUGACUGGGAACACUUGGUUUCAACUCGUGUCUGUCAUAUAUAUCCUGAUGGCAUGCACAAACAUUUUUACUUCAGUCUAGCGUUGGAAAAAUAAUUUUUUUUAUAAUAUAAUCUAACCUCUAAAUGACAAGAAAAAAAAUUAUUUUCUAAUAUCAGCUGUAAAUCACUAUUAGACAUUUAUGUACAGCAUAUUCUUGGUUGUCAGCUCCAAGAUGGCGCGACAGCAAAAGACACGAUUUGUAAACAAUCCAGCUGUGAAAGCACCAAAGAGGACUGGUCUAGCCCAUGAUCUCAACCCUCAAGGGGGCAUUUCUCCCUGGAAGAAGCUGGCAGCGUUUGCAAUUCUCCUGAUUGCGAUAGGUUUUGGGUACAAGGGAUACUUGGAGACAAGGGUCAACACACCAUACGAUGACAAGAAGAUUGUGGUGAAGACCGGCUUGGACGUGCCCGAGCGGUACUGGGGCAGCUACCGGCCCGGCCUCUACUUCGGCAUGAAGACCCGGGACCCCCACUCCUUGGUGUUCGGCAUGAUGUGGUACUUCCCCCGCCAGCUGGGUCCUGGCGGCGCUGGCAUCAGGCACUGGUGCGAGCAAGGGGACAACCUGGACCGCUACACCUGGGUCCAGCACGACGGCUCCAACUUCGGCGUGCAGGAGAUCGAGGACGGGCCGUUCUCGCUGACGACGUCGUUCGUGAAGAGGCUGGGGGGCAACCACGGCGGGGACUGGACCGCGAGGAUCAGCGUCGGGUCCAAGAACGCCCAGCUGAACGGCGAGGCAGUCUCGCUCGUGCUGUACGUGGCCUUGGAGGAGAAGACACUCGGCUCCAUCAAGCCCGCGCAGGGGGCGAUACCCGGGAUCGUCGGCAGCACGGAGGGCUUGGGAGCGUUCACCAUCAAGAUGCUGAACCAUACAGGACAGGUAGAGCAGACGUCGCACCUGGUGACGGUGGCCCCGGGCCUCCACCUCCUGAAGGAGGUGGUCGUCUCGUCCCUGAGGCUGACCACGGACCGCCGGACCAAGCAGAAGCACAUCGUCCUGCCGGGCGACGUCCGCGGCCCGGGCCAACCCGGGCCGGACCCCAACUUCAUCGCCGUGCAGGUGACGGCGCGCGUGCCGUCGGAGCUCGACGUGGUCUACGAGUCGGCCAGCUCCGUGGAGCGCCAGGAGGCACUGUCCGGCGCCAAGUACUCGGAGGAGCUCGGGCGACACCGGGAUGCGUUCCACCACAGGUUUGAAAAUACAUUCCAUCUGGAAAAGAAAGGCUUUAGUCAAGAAGAAAUAAAAUUUGCCGAGGCUACGUUAAGCAACUUGAUCGGUGGCAUCGGCUAUUUCUACGGGGCCUCGCGAGUGGAGUCCUCGUACACCAAGGGCCCGGUCCCAUACUGGAAGGCCCCGCUGUACACGGCAGUCCCGUCGCGGAGCUUCUUCCCGCGUGGCUUCCUGUGGGACGAAGGCUUCCACGGGCUGCUCAUAUCCACCUGGGACCUGGACAUCUCGCUGGACAUAAUGAGCCACUGGUUCGACCUGAUGAACGCCGAGGGGUGGAUCCCGCGGGAGCAGAUCCUGGGGCAAGAGGCCCUGGCGAAGGUGCCCGAGGAGUUCGUCACGCAGAGGAACAGCUACGCCAACCCGCCGACGUUCUUCCUCACCUUGCAGUUCAUCCUGCGCAACUUCGCCGACACGCUGCUGGACGAGCCGGGCAGGUUGGCGACCCUGGAGCGGCUCUACCCGCGCCUCGAGCGGUGGUUCAGCUGGUUCAACACCACACAGACGGGGGACCUGGCCGGGACGUACCGCUGGCAGGGCAGGGACGCGACGACCGACCGGGAGCUGAACCCCAAGACGCUGACGUCCGGCCUCGACGACUACCCUCGCGCCUCGCACCCCAACGUCGACGAGCGCCACGUCGACCUGCGGUGCUGGAUCUCCUUGGCCGCGUCGUCCCUUUCGGAGAUCGCCCACCUCCUCAACCGCAACGGGGAGAAAUACGGCAACACCUUCCGCUACCUGUCCGACGUGGAGCUGCUCGACAAGUUGCACUGGUCGUCGAGAACCGAAUCGUACUCGGACUACGGACUGCACACCGACGCGGUCGUCUUGAAGCGUCCUCCCCCGCCGCCGAAAAUUCCAGGACACCAUCACCCGCCGCCGAACCGAGAGAAGGUCAGAGUCGUUCUCGAGGACCCGGAGCUCAGGUUCGUGGACACGACUUUCGGUUACGUCAGCUUGUUCCCGUUCCUUCUGCUCCUGGUGGAGCCGAGCUCCCCGAAGCUGGGGAAGGUGCUGGAGGACCUGCGGAACCCGGACCUCCUGUGGACGGACUACGGCCUGCGCUCCUUGGCCAGGACGUCGCCCCUCUACAUGAAGUACAACACGGAGCACGACCCUCCGUACUGGCGCGGGCCAAUAUGGAUCAACCUCAACUACCUGACCGCGCGUGCCUUGCUGUCGUACGCCCGCAUGGACGGCCCGUUCAAGGCCAAGGCCAGGAGCCUGUACGACCAGCUGCGCUCGAACAUCAUCAGGAACAUUUACAAACAGUACAGACGCUCCGGCUACGUAUGGGAACAGUACAGCGACACGACGGGGGAGGGCAAGGGGUCACGACCCUUCACUGGUUGGUCGUCGCUUGUAGUUCUUCUGAUGGCUGAAAUAUACUAGCACGGAAUCGCAGCAAUUGUAUGCAGAGUCAAUCUCGCUCUGACUGGCCUGGUCAGAGCUGGCCAUGGCUCCUCUUGCAGACGGCCGCCAAUCACAGCGAAGAAACUGUCGGCGCGGGUGUACUUCAAUGCAGUCCAACGGGCACUUAAAUUC